GAGACAUACGUUCAUUUUGAAUCUAGAAAGAUGCAUUUGCACAGCCUUUUCACCGCUGCACUGGCCCUGGGAUCAGUUUCUGCAAGACCGGCCUUUCAACGUCGUGGAGUUGACUGCGACUUUGCCACUACUGCGGACAAUGGCGCUACUUGCGAGAGCUUUGCGAGCUCUUGGGGUAUGUCCGUCGAUGACCUCACGUCCCUGAACCCUGGGAUCCAGUGUGCCAGCCUGGACACCAGCAAGUCGUACUGCGUGAUUGGCACAGUCAAUGACGACCCAGUGACCACCCCAUCCUCGACAACCAAGGCGACUGUCCCAGCGACGACAGUCCCAGCGACGACAGUCCCUACGACAACUUCAGCGCCAGUAGUCACUACUCCAAGCUCCACCAAGACGAGCACCACCAUUUCCAGUACCACCACUAGUGCUGGUAACGGCAUCUCGACCCCUCUACCCACACAGCCUAGCAUGGUAUCCAACUGCAACAAGUUCCACUACAUAAACCAGGGUGUUAGCUGUAGCGCAGUGAUUAGCUAUGAGAAGAUCUCUUUGGCUGACUUCUUUGCUUGGAAUCCUUCAGUCAAUGCUGAUUGCUCCGGUAUGUGGGCAGAGGUUAACGUGUGCGUCGGCAUUAUCGGAGGUGCCACGACGACUCCAGCUGCACCAUCGACGACCACCACCAAGGCUGCAACAACUACGAAGGCUGGUAAUGGCGUCACAACACCAACACCAAUCCAGCCAGGUAUGAUUGGUACUUGUGCCAAGUUCCACUAUGUUGCUCAAGGUGUUAGCUGCAGCCAGAUCAUCAGCUACGAGCAGAUUAGCCUUGCAGACUUCUACGCAUGGAAUCCAUCAGUUAAGGCCGACUGCUCGGGCAUGUGGGCUGAAGUUAAUGUUUGUGUCGGACUCAUUGGAGGUUCUAAACCGACCACAACUACGACUAAGCCGAGCACGACCACCAGUGCGGGUAAUGGCAUCACAACACCUACACCAACCCAGCCUGGCAUGGUCUCCAAUUGCAAGAAGUUUCACUACGUAUCUGAGGGCGAUACCUGUGGCCAGAUAAUCAGCUAUGAGAAGAUCGAUCUUGCUAGCUUCACGAAGUGGAACACGGGUGUUGGUUCGGGCUGCAAUAACAUGUGGUCGAAGACUUACGUCUGCGUUGGGGUUUAA